CUGGUUACAAAACUACUAUCUGGUUACAUGAACAUUUCGUCACACACUCUAAUAUUUACAUAAAGACUUAGUCACGAAAUGCCGUACUAGUUUUGUGUCUCACAUUUGCAGUGUUGGAUCUAGACGAAAUGGAUCGUUGGAGGCUGAAACCUUCUGUUCUAGCUUCUGUUCUUAAUGCAUGCACUGAUGUUUGCAACUGAUAUUUUUAUUCCAUAGGUUAAUCCAGAGUAGCUUUGUUGACAUGGAGAACAUGUUUGAUCUGUUUUCACAGGGCCGUGAGGUUCUAGAUCCUCCAGACGCAACUAUUCUCAAUGUUUCUAAUGGGCUUAUUGAGUUCAAGGACGUGAGUUUUGGUUACAAUCUGAGCAACCACGUCGUGAAAAAUGUUUCCUUCAAAGUGUAUCCUGGUCAGACGGUAGCAUUUGUUGGAAACUCGGGUGGCGGGAAGAGCACGAUUAUCAGGCUGUUGUACAGAUUUUAUGACAUCCUUGAAGGAUCUAUCUCUGUUGAUGGUCAAGAUAUAUCAAAGGUGACGCAGAAAUCACUUCGCAGUGCUAUUGGUGUUGUUCCUCAAGACACAGUACUGUUCAACAAUGAUAUAAGGUACAACAUUCGGUAUGGUCGUUUGGACAGUUCCGAUGAAGAAGUCGAGGAGGCGGCUAUGGCUGCUGAUAUUCAUGGUAGAAUAAUGACAUUCCCUAAAGGCUACGAGACCUUGGUGGGAGAAAGAGGCCUUAAACUAAGUGGUGGAGAGAAACAGCGUGUUGCUAUCGCCAGAACUGUCCUCAAGAAUCCGCCGAUAGUACUCUUAGAUGAGGCAACAUCAGCUCUCGAUAGCAAGACAGAAAGGAACAUCCAAGAGUCUCUCAACAACAUGUGCAUCAAUCGUACCACCAUCGUAGUGGCACACAGGCUCUCAACUAUUGUCAACGCAGAUCAGAUUCUGGUCUUAAACGAAGGAGAGAUUGUCGAAAGAGGAAGACACGAAGAACUGCUGGCUCUAGGUGGAUACUACGCCAACAUGUGGCAGCAGCAGUCGAGAAAAAAUUUAAAAGACAAAGAAGAUGCCGAGGCAGACGACGACGACGACGACGAAGGAGAUGAAGAUGACGAUAAUGCUUUAGAUAGUGAUGAGGAAAACAAGGAUACUGGGAAAGAGAAAACAUCUUAGAGCAGACUAGGUUGUUGCAUGCUGAUAAAGGUCCUUAUAUAUGUAAUGGUUAGACUAGCGUAAGGUAAGAUUCAAGGUAAGAGCCAGUGUUACAUACUUGUACUGAAUUAUCAUGUUAGGCCACUGCGCCAAACCAAAUCCUACUCUUCUUUCAAGAAUGGAAAAUUCUCCUGGCUUAAAGGUGUUUGAGGCCACUGCGCCAAACCUUCUCCUUCUCUGAGCUUUCUUCUUUCAAGAAUGGAAAAUUUUCCUAGCUUAAAGGUCUUUGAGGCCACUGCGCCGAACCUUCUCCUUCUCUGAGCUUUCGUCUUUCAACAAUGGAAAAUUUUCCUAGCAUAAAGGUUUUUAAGGCCAAUGCGCCAAACCUUCUCCUUCUCUGAGCUUUCUUCGUUUUGGCCCACAUGGAGGAGACGGAAUUUUGGUGCAAGGGUUCUGGAGCAAUGUCUUCUUGUUUAUUGUUAUAUGCUGGACCUAAUGUUGGGACCGUUUUUCGUGAUCUUUCAUCAGUGUUGGGUCAGACAUUGGUUAAAUGGUGGGUCAAAUGUUGGGUCCUUUGUCAGGGCCCUAAGAACUGAAUGGCAUGACAUCCACAGACACACACACAACUUAAAGUUAAGUUAGAAGAGAUAACAAGCUAAAACCUAGUGUGUAAAGUUAAGUUGCCAGCUUCAUAUGCUAUAUGAUCAGCCAAUUAAUCUCUUUUGGGGUAAUCUCUAUUAAGCCACGCAUUAUUUUACUUUUCGUAUUCCAAAAGACCUAAGUAUAAGACCGAGUUCAAUUCGAGCUGGGUUUGAUUUGUGAGUUAUGUGUGCCCUGACUUUCAUCUUCCUAGAGUUUGUUUAAGGUGUCAAUAAAUUUUAGAAGGUGUGACAACCUUCACUAUUUGGACUUGCCAAACAGAUCCCCUCCCCUUCCCCCAGCCAGUUUUUGUCAGUUUGUUUUAUUAUUUUACUACAAUUCAUAUGGAUAUCGUUCUUUCAAAGCUUGUUUUAAAAUUUAAAAAAAAUAAUUCAUGAGUAUUUUAAUUGUUAAAUAAAUAACAAGGAAUAAUAAAACCAUAAAGCUAGUGUAAAACUUUAAAACUAACGUGAAGCAUUGUUUGCUCAUGCCUAAUCGUCCUAUUUAUCUUAUUAUUAUUAUUAUAAAAUAAA